AUGGCGUCGCAAGAAUACAUGGACAAGAUGCAGCUCCGCCAGAACUAUCGGAAUCUCUGGCACUCCGAUCUCAUGGGCACCAUUCAACAAGAUACCCCUUAUUGUUGCUUGGCUUUUUGGUGUGGGCCAUGUGUAUCUUACAUGCUCCGGAAACGAGCGCUUUAUAAUGACAUGUCAAGGUAUACAUGUUGCGCUGGUUAUAUGCCAUGCAGUGGUAGAUGUGGAGAACGUAAAUGUCCCGAGCUUUGCCUUUUCACUGAGGUUUUCCUCUGCUUUGGAAACUCGGUGGCUUCAACCCGAUUUCUGUUGCAAGAUGAAUUCAAUAUUCAAACAACAAAAUGCGACAAUUGCAUUAUUGGUUUCAUGUUUUGCCUGCAACAAAUUGCUUGCAUAUUUUCCAUUGUUGCAAUGAUUGUUGGGAGUGGUGAGAUUCAAGAUGCAGCACAGUUACUGAACUGUUUGGCCGAUAUGGUUUAUUGCACGGUCUGUGCAUGUAUGCAGACACAACAUAAGAUCGAAAUGGACAAACGAGAUGGCAAGUUCGGUCCGCAACCAAUGGCGAUACCCCCUGUUCAGCAGAUGUCACGCCUUGAUCAAGCAAUUCCUCCUGCAGUUGGCUACCCCCCAGCAGCAUAUGGACAACCUUAUGGGCCACCUCAAGGGUACCCGCCAUCUGCAUAUCCUCCUGCUCAGUACCCUCCACCUGGUUACCCACCAUCUGGUUAUUCUAGGUGAUCUUUCUCUGGUUUAGGAUUUGCUUUCAUUCGCCUGAGACUGGGUUACUGAGUCAUGGAUGGAGCUGGUAUUCUUUAUGAACUUCAGCUUUGCAUGCUGUUGGAGUUUAUAAAGUGAUAGCUUAUAUAUAUAUGUUGUGUGAUUUGCUUUUCACAUUGCUGAUUUGAACAGUUAAAAGGUUAUGUUGAGACGAGCUUGUUUAUCGUC